UGCCCUAUGCAGACAUCACCAGGGUCCUCUUCUGUCCCAAGCCCCCAGCUAUGUUGGCCAUAGCCAGGCUCAUUGGCACUUUCCGGAUGGUCCUGCAAAAGGUGGUGGAAGAAGGGCAGGUAGAGGUGACGGACACGCUCAUAGACGACAAUAAUUCAGCCAUUCAGACCACCAUCUCCAUAGAGAUCAGGUACCAGGCUCUGGAUGGGACAGUGGGCGCGUGGAACGACAAGGAGUUCCUGGAGACUCCCAGCGUCCACUCAGAGGGGGAUGGCAGGUACCCCUUAGAGACGGACAGCCUCCUCUCCAGCCACCGGCAGGGCUCGGACAUCUCUCCAGGCAAAUCCAACCAGCAGUCCACAGAGAGGAGCUUCAGGAGCAAAGGCAAAGAGAAGACGAAGGAGCACAAAGCUGGGAAAGGAGUUUUUUCAGCCAUGAAGCUUGGCAAGACGCGUCCAUCAAAGGAUGACCAUCGGAAACAAGAUGAACCUGCUGUUUUGGAGGCAGAAGACCUGGAUCGAAAAGCCAUGAGACAGGGAGGCGGACUGGAGCCAGACACAAUCUCCUUGGCCUCUGUCACAGCUGUUACCACCAAUGUCUCGAACAAGAGGUCCAAGCCUGACAUCAAAAUGGAGCCGAGCGCUGGGAGGCCAAUGGAUUACCAGGUCAGCAUCACUAUCAUCGAGGCCCGGCAGCUGGUUGGACUCAACAUGGACCCCGUGGUCUGUGUGGAGGUUGGAGAGGAAAAGAAAUACACGUCCAUGAAGGAAUCGACCAAUUGCCCUUACUACAAUGAGUACUUCGUCUUCGAUUUCCACGUCCCCCCAGAUGUCAUGUUUGACAAGAUCAUCAAGCUGUCCGUGAUCCACUCAAAAAACCUCUUGCGCAGUGGGACUUUGGUAGGCUCCUUCAAGAUGGAUGUUGGAACUGUUUAUACCCAACCUGAGCACCAGUUCUACCACAAAUGGGCCAUCCUUUCUGACCCCGAGGAUCUCACCGCCGGGCUGAAAGGUUACCUGAAGUGUGAAGGGAAAGGGGACAACAUCAAGACACCACACAAAGCCAAUGAGACGGACGAGGAUGAUAUUGAAGGGAACCUCCUCCUCCCAGAUGGAGUUCCUCCAGAGAGGCAGUGGGCUCGUUUCUACAUCAAGAUCUAUCGAGCCGAGGGGCUGCCCCGUAUGAACACCAGCAUCAUGGCCAAUGUGAAGAAGGCUCUCAUUGGGGAGAACAAGGACCUGGUAGACCCUUACGUGCAGGUGGUCUUUGCAGGGCAGAAGGGGAAGACAUCCAUACAAAAAAGCAGCUAUGAGCCUCUCUGGAAUGAGCAAAUAGUCUUCACAGAAAUGUUCCCCCCAUUGUGCAAGCGGAUAAAGAUCCAGAUCCGAGACUCAGACAAAGUCAAUGAUGUGGCCAUUGGUACCCAUUUCAUUGAUUUGCGGAAGAUCUCUAACGAAGGAGACAAAGGCUUCCUGCCCACCUUUGGCCCCGCAUGGGUGAACAUGUAUGGAUCCACUCGGAACUACACCCUGAUGGACGAGCACCAAGAGCUGAAUGAGGGUCUGGGUGAAGGCGUCUCUUUCCGAGCCAGGCUUUUGAUGAGCCUUGCCGUGGAGAUCUUGGACACCAGCAACCCGGAGAUCAACAGCUCCACUGAGGUGCAAGUCGAGCAGGCUACAUCAGUUGCCGAUAACUGCACUGGGAAGAUGGAGGAGUUCUUUCUCUUUGGAGCCUUCCUGGAAGCUACCAUGAUCGACAGGAAGAUUGGUGACAAACCCAUCAACUUCGAAGUUACAAUAGGUAACUAUGGGAACCAGAUCGAUGGCAUGACCAAACCUAACUUGCGGAGGAAGAAAGAGGGAGGGGAUGGGGAUGAGGAGGAGUCCGAGCUGCUCCAGAACUCAAGUGAGGAUGAAGGUGAUGAGGAUGGAGAGCUGGUCUCUGUUUCUUCAUCUCAACCCGUGAAGCCCCUGGUCACAGACAGGAACUACUUCCACCUGCCGUACUUUGAGAAGAAACCCUGCAUCUAUAUAAAGAGCUGGUGGCAGGACCAGCGCCGCAGAUUGUAUAAUGCCAACAUCAUGGACAAGAUCGCGGACAAGCUGGAGGAAGGGCUCAACGACGUGCAGGAAAUGAUCAAGACGGAGAAGCCACAUCCAGAGCGCCGGCUCCGAGGAGUCCUGGAGGAGCUGAGCAAUGGGUGCUUGCGCUUCGUGACCUUGGCUGACAAGGACCAGCACCACUCUUCCCGCACGAGGCUGGACCGGGAGAGACUCAAGUCCUGCAUGCGGGAGCUGGAGAACAUGGGGCAGCAAGCCACGACUCUGCGGUCACAGGUGAAGAAGAACACCAUGAAAGACAAGCUGAAGCUGGUGCAAAACUUCCUGCAGAAGCUCCGGUUCUUGGCAGACGAGCCCCAGCACACUAUUCCCGACAUCUUCAUCUGGAUGAUGAGCAACAACAAGCGCAUUGCCUAUGCCCGCGUCCCUUCCAAGGAUAUCCUCUACUCCAUUGUGGAUGAGGAGAUGGGCAAGGACUGCGCCAAAGUGAAGACCAUCUUCCUCAAGCUACCUGGGAAGAGGGGGUUUGGACCUGCUGGCUGGACAGUUCAGGCCAAGAUGGAGAUGUACUUGUGGCUGGGCCUCAACAAACAGCGCAAAGACUUCUUGAGUGGCCUGCCCUGUGGCUUUGAGGAGAAGAAAACUGCCAGAGGCCAAAACCUGCCAUCCUUCCCACCCAUCAGCCUCCUUUACACCAAGAAGCAGGUUUUCCAGCUGCGAGCCCACAUGUACCAAGCCAGGAGUUUAUUUGCGGCCGACAGCAGUGGCCUUUCAGAUCCCUUUGCACGAGUCUUCUUCAUCUCCCAGAGUCAAUGCACCGAGGUUCUCAAUGAGACCCUUUGCCCAACCUGGGACCAGCUGCUGGUCUUCGACAAUGUGGAGCUGUAUGGAGAAGCUCAUGAGAUGCGAGAUGACCCUCCCAUAAUUGUCAUUGAGAUCUAUGACCAGGACACAGUG